AUGGUUUCUAUACUUUUUCCCUUAUUUGUUGAUGCUGCAUGCCAUUGCUUAUUGAGCUGUCUCUCUUUCCUCCAUGAGCCUCGUCAACACUUGCCGAGCCUUCUCUGCCAUGCUACACAACCAAUGUUCCCUUUGCACAACCCCUGUUUCUUCCUCUGUGUUGCCGACUUGGUAUCUGCCACUCAAUCCCUAUCACUGUAUUGCUGCCUUGGUAUCGGCCUCUCACACUCUAUCUAUGCUCAACCUGUGUUCUCCUCCCCUCUUAAGCCCAAUCUCUUUCUUUGA